CAACAACACUCUCCUCUCACCAACACCGCCAACAUGUCCAUGCUCGCACGCCGAACCGCUUUCCGCGCCCUCCGCACUCCCGUCGCCCGUCCAGCUCUCCGCCGCACCUACGCCGACUCCACCGCCGAGGCCGCGGGCGAGAAGAAAGAUGUGCUCUCCAAAGGCGCGAAGAGGGAUCCCGAGCUCUACAUUCUCCUCACAAUCAUGACCGGCGCCUUCACCCUCGCAGGCUGGCACUUCAGCCGCAACCCCACGUCCUCCUCGUCCGAGAACAAAGUCGCCCAGGUCGAGCACUCGGAGCCCUGGAAGACCGGUUCCGACGCCCGAUACCAGUACCACCCCGGUGGAGACCCCAGCCGCGGCAAGAGGGAUGCGCCGAGCGCGUUGAAUGAGGUUAUUAUUCCGAAUGUGAAUUUGCCAAAGGAGCUUCACGAGAAGUACAACAAGUGGGGCAAGGAGGGCUUCUAGAUGCCUCAGAUGUAAUGAGAACGUGGAGUCUGUGUAUACAAUGGGAGGUGGAAGGCGUCGAGAGAGCGAGAGAACAGAAUAGGAUGUGCCAUAGAGUCAAGAGCUCGACACUUGGGCUGAGUAUCGAAGAACGUAGUCC